AAAACUUUUUACUGAAACAUUUAAUUCCUAUUGUUUCGGAUUAACUAUUAUUUAACAUUGUUAUAGAUUCUAUAUUCUUUAUUAUUAUAGAAUAUACUAAACUAAGAAUAUAGUUCAUAGAAAGCUUGCGAAAACGCAAGCGAGUACUCCUUAAAAACGGACCGUGAGCCAUUUCCCAGCUCUUUAUUUUUCACGAGAUCAUCAUGCGCGCUUUGCAAUGGGGACGCGCAUUUCCGAGUCUGUUAUUUAGAUAUCGAGCCUCCAGAAUUGCGUGCGCGCGAAUAAUCUUACGAGGAGGAGGUGGAGAACAGGUUCCCGCUUUACAUGCGCUUUGGCUGUAAACGCAAAACGACAUAAGUACAGCGAAUGCUAAAUAAUGGCGGGAGCGCGCGCUUAUGUCGUAAAAAUAUUCCCCUCUUUGUGUGUGUGCCAUGCUCGCUCGUUCGCCACGAAAAGGUUGAAAACUGCAAGUACAUCUUUGGCUUGACGCCGUCAUUGUGCAAUAUCGCGUCGUGUAGAUUUUCAAUUCGCUCAUCCUCCGCGCGAUGAACGCUGCAUUAAAAUACCUCCGCUCGGCGCGCCUGAUAGCAAAUCCAGCCUAACAAUGAAUGUUAAAUAAAAAGUUGAUGCCUCGUAUUGUGACGCUAUCAUCACGUUACGCUACGUUGUGCUACGUGUCGCGAAAGAUCUUCGAUUUCGAUUUUAACGACGGAUCCUUUUACGAAAUAUCGCUGCGUGAUGCGAUAUUCUGUUACGAAUAUCAAAUGCACAUUUAUGACAUCUGACAUGAUCAUUCAAUAGAGGGUAUAAUAAAACUCUGCAUAUUACACAUAUACCAAGCAUAUUUAAAGAAAUUCCACUGAAAUGAAACGUUCAAUAAAUGUGACAUGAUUCCUAUCUACACGAUUUUUGUUACGACUUACAAUAUAUAUAUGCGCGCCGCAUAUACGAAAACUUGAUUGACGAAAUUAUGUGCGAAACUCAUGAAUGCAGUCAUCGUUAGAAAGAUGAACGUUAUCAAAUGUCAAUAAGGAUUUGCAAUACAGUUACAGCGUGCAUAUAGCGUAUAUUACCUAAACAAUUUCUUCUAAGUUUAAUGGCUCUACUGUUUAAGGAAAAAUGUGACUUUUCGCAAGGAUUGAAGCCGAGAAUUGGCGAGUAUUUACAAAGCUAUGAGUCCCAAGCCUCAAUUUGCGGGGAAUCCCUUACAAUGCUUGACUACAAAUACUUGUAAUUAAAUAAUAAAAGGUGUGGCCUGUAAGAAGGACAUGAAUAACUACAUGCGGUUGUUCUAACACAUAGUCCUCAGGUAUCAAGAAUAAAAAGUCACGUAAGUGCAACUACAUCGAUCGCGAAAGGAAUCCUGAAGAAAAACGAGUGGGUACACGACGUGCGUCUCAAAGGUUAAAACACUAUAUGUAUUUGCAACGUACUUGAACUUUGCAAACGUUUGUGCAUCUUUAUGGGAACACGCACGAACAGUCGUAGUGUACUGAAUUUUUUAUUUGUCUAAAGGUUCGACUUAAAUUUUAGAAGGAUAUUGAUAUUUGCGCUCUGCAUUGCGUCCCGUGACUUUCGCUACAUCGCGCUUGUAAUCUUCGCUGUUUCGAUCUCGGCAGAUCUUAGAACGCAAUCAUUGUGUUCGAACGCCAGAUAAAUUAAUGAUAACGUCGAAUACGCUCAGUGGCGGACAGGGAUGCAGAAUUCCCGGCACGUAUCCCGAGUCAUAAUGUAAAAUUAUAAAGAAAGUAUAUUUUUUUAAAGUGUGCAUCGGCUUAUAAUAAAGCUCGAACCGGUAUUAUCGAGUGGCAUUUCAAGAAAUGCACCGACGAUAGCAUGGAGCACUGCUAUCUAUAAAAGGAAGAUGCCGUGGAUAAACGCCCGUCAGUACGGUGCACGCAAUAUCUGGAAAACGAAGGAGAGAGUUCAGAAUCGCCUGCCAGUCAAGAAUCUCAAAGAUGAAUCCGCGCGUAAUUAUUCUGCUGAGUCUGGCGGCAGUAAUAUCGGCGGCGAACGAGCCAGUAGCCAUCCUUAAGCAGGAGCAGGACAUAAGCCCAGAUGGCAGUUUCUUUGUAAGAUGGGAAAGCGCCAACGGGAUAACGUACGAGGAGCAGGGCGUGCAGAAGAAUCUCGGCCAGAAAGACCAGGCUGAGGAAGUACGCGGCUCGGCGGCAUGGACUGCGCCCGAUGGACAGAAAAUUAAUCUGGGAUGGCUGGCGGAUGAGAACGGUGCCAUCUUCCAAGGAGCGCAUUUGCCGACCCCACCACCCCCGCCGGAAAUUCCGCCCGUCAUCCAGCGCGCUUUGGACUGGAUAGCCGCUCAUCCCUACAAGGAAGAGAGAAACAAAGUGUAAUCUUGCUGACGCGCGCACGUUCACGUUGCUUGUAUAUGCUUAGCCUGAUUAUCGUGUUGAAAGAAAAGUUUGUAAUAAAAAUUUUAAUGUACUGGACGAACAUGUAAUUUAAUUUUUUGUGCGUUGUAUUAUAAGAUUCUUAACAUUGCUGACAGAUUGAAAGUUAGAACGCUUCGCGUAAAUUAAGAACCUUAGAAUUUAUGUAUUCUUUUUGUUAGCAAUAUAUAAAUCUAGAAAUACAUGAAUAUAAAUUAAUACAUUAGGCAUUUUGGACGAGAUUAGAAAUAAUUUUUCUUUACAACCUUUUUUAGGUCUAUACUAGAUUGAUUAUUGUAUUAAUAUAUUGAACGCGUUGUAUGAGAUUUUUAUACGUACUCUCAAAAAUAUUAUUGCUUCUGAAAUAAAGACAUUUUCUUAUAUAGUUGAAUAAUUAAGAUAAAUGUUUCUUUUUAUACGAUGUCACUUUCUUCACUUGUGGAAUUCGCGAGAGUAAUUUUGAGAGAAGUCAUCUGACACAUGAGCAUAGUAAAGUUGUCAAGUUAGGUGUGGACGGCUAUGCGGUAAUAGAAAAAUCGGGGUCAGAAAUGCUCAUUACCGCAGAA